AUGGUCCACCUUCCACUUCAUCUUGUAGAGGAGGUAAGGCUUGGGGGCCCUGUUCAAAGUCGUUGGAUGUAUCCGAAAGAGCGGUAUUUAGGUAAAUUGAAGUCAUAUCUAAAAAAUAGAAGUCGACCCGAAGGUUCCAUUGCAGAGGCCUACUUGGCAGAAGAAUGCCUUAUGUUUUGUUCGAGGUAUCUUCACGAUGAAUUUAGUUCAAAGGUGAAUCGAGCACCUAGAAAUGAUGAUGAUGAUACUGCAUCCAAUGAAGAUGGAAGCCUUUUUCCUAAUGUUGGACGUCCUUUAGGUGUAAAAAAGAAAAACAAAGGCAAAAAGAUUUCUUUAGAUGAAGACACUUUGAUGAAAGCUCAUCGCUAUGUACUCUUUAAUUGUGAUGAAAUAAGUGAUUACAUAAGUGAACAUCAAGAUUUAGUGAAUCGUCAAAGAAGUCAAGGUAGACGGGGUAAGCGGAGUAGGUGGGAGAGAGCACAAGAACACAGUCAUGAUAUUGGAGCAUUGUUCAAGGACCGUGUACGGGAAGAAAAUGUUUCCAAAGAAAUCAAGGCGUUAUCCCAAGGUCCUGACUAUACUGUGAGAAGUUUUAAAGGGUACCUAAUAAAUGGUAACAAAUUUCAUACAACUGCACAUGAGUCAAAAAGGAAAACUCAAUGUAGUGGAGUUAGUGUAACAUCUUCAAUGUCGAGUUUUGCAAGUUCCAGGGAUCAAAAUCCUGUUGUUGGGGACGUCAAAUAUUAUGGAGUGGUGGAGGAUAUCAUUGAGUUAGAUUAUUUUGGACAUUUCAAAGUGGUAUUGUUUCGCUGUAAAUGGUUUCAAGUGGAGCAAGAUGAGUUUGGGCUAACAUGUGCAAAUUUUAAAAGGUUAUGCUAUACUAAUGACCCUUUUAUGAUGGCUAAUCAAGUAAACCAAGUUUUUUAUGUGCAAGAUUCCAAAGAAAAUCAUUUACAUUACGUUAUGGAAAAUAUCCCCGGAGACUUGUUUGAUAUGAAUGAAGAAUCAAAUGGUGAUGUUGGAGUUUCUUAUUGGAAUGAAUCUUCUAGCGAUGGUGUUCACCCAGGGGCAACUGUUGCUGAUGACUAUGAUGUUAGUUGGUUGAGAGAGGACUUGCCUACCACUACUGUUGACGUUCCUGAAUACAUGUUAGAAAUGCAAGCAGAGCCGGAAAUUGAUGAAUCGGAUGAUGAAAUCGAGGAUAAUACUCUAUGGGAUUUCAUGCAAGCAAGUGAAGAUGAAGCUUAG